UAAAAUCCAAUCCAGUUGCCAGUUGCGAAGCGCGAUGGCGCUUAUAUUUGGAUGGGUGGUUUUUUUGUGCUCUUUCGGCGUAUUUUGUGAGCAAAGAACUUGUAUAUAAUGAAAUGCUUUCCAGCAUUAGACACCGUGUUUGCAUCAGAUCUGACAGAACAUCUAAAAGGGACACUUGAGCUGUUCGUGGCACAGGAAACAGCUUCGUAGUCUGAGUUUACCAGCUGCCAAACGAUGGACCCACCAAUAAGCCUGCUGAACGGAAAUAAUCCGACACUGGACUUUCAUAUCGAACAUCAGCAAGAGGCUGUAGAAGAUUUAGAGGAGGUCCGAAAAAAAGAACAAGAGCUUGAGGAGGCUGUCGCAAAUGAGUUCGAUGACCUAGGGGGCUUCUCCGAUGACGAUGAUUAUGCAAGUGGACAUAACACAGAGGAGUCAGGAUACCUUCAAACACCACAAAUGGGCUAUGUUGGGGCUGCUUCUACACCUAUUACUGAGGGGCAGAACUACCAGAACAUGCCUUUUCAAGCCACUCCCGGGUAUACAAUGGCCAUGCUCAGAAGCAACCAACACAUUAUGAGCAAUGCUGCGGCAAAUGGAGACACCGGCCACCACAAUGUGAGAGAUAUGUUGGACGGUGCUCAAAUACCAAGGGGCCAUCAAGGCGCCUACAUGAAUGGCUAUGGUCGUCACCAUCCUGCUGUCUAUGGUGGUGGAGGAGGAGACACUGGAAAUUUUGUUGCUGGUAGCUCAAAUAGCGACCACAUGACCCCGCAGCAGACGGAGAGUGGAAGCUGUAGCAGUAAGACAGAUCAGUAUGUUCAACUUCAAGUGAUGUACAAGGCUCGGAUGAGGGAAGUGGAACGACUCUCCAUGGAGCUCGAAAACGUGAAACAGACUGCUCAGUUGGAAAUCUCAUCUUUGAGGGAAGACCUAAAUGCAGCAAAGGCUCAGCAAGAAAAUCUUCUAGAAAGCCUUAACCAGGCUCAUCAGGUGAUUUCGGAUAAGAGUAGUGAAAGUGCAGAGCUAACGGUCAAAGUUACCACAUUGGAAAGUCAGCUCGAGAUUGAGAAGAACAAUUAUGAGGAGGCAAUACACAAGAUGCAAGUAGCAGAGUCCACUAUUAAAAUGCUGCAGGAGCAGUUGUCACAACUGAAUCAGUCUGACGCCUUACUGUACAUAAAGAAAGACUAUGAAAAUGUCAUACGCAACAUGAAAGAAAAGAACCACGAAGAGCUGUACAGCUUGAAUCAACAGAUAGCACAGAUGAACAAGCAACUGACCUCGAAGAUUGAAGAAGUGCAGCGACUGAAGAAGAAGCUGGAGGAGCAGGAAAAAUUGUUUGAAGCAAAGCUCUUGGAGAAAUCUGACAUAAUCAACAGGCUUACACAGUCCUUGAACUUCAGCCAGAAGCAAUGUCAAGACAUCUUAGCACACAGUACUGGGCCAUCCAGAGCUAAGGAUGAUUUCCUCCAACAAAUGAAGCAGCUGGAGGAUGAAAGGGAGGCAGAGUGCCAGAAGAUAAAAUUUCUUGAGGAAGAAUUAUUCGGCCUGCAAAAGCUUUUUGUGUCACCAUCAGAUAAAGACAGAAAUUUGGGGUUUUUCCUGGAGGCAACUCAGAGAAGUGGGUGCAGCUCUAAAAUGAAGCUGGAUAUAAAUGAAGCUGUGUUCAUGAUAAAAAUGUGCAGACAGGAAGUGACUCGACUACAGGGAGAGUACCGGAAUACGUCGCAAGCUUUGGAAGCAGCCAGCAAGGAGUUAAAUGAACUCAGGAAAAAAUCGAGGCUCUCUGAGGACGAGGUAGCUCGACUUCAGGAAAAGCUGCAAGGGCGUGAUGGGUCAGAAACCGAGUCUCAGUUUCAGGACUUGAAGCAUGACGAACUUGUCAGGCAAAUAAAGGUGCUUGAACAGAAAAUUAGAGAUAUGGAUGACUCCUACCAGAAAGCAAAGCGAGAUGAAGCCAGCCUGAGAGCAGAGAGGGAGUCACUACUGUAUACGUGUGCUGCUGAAAAGGCACAAGCGGUUGACAUAUGCAAGGACUCUAUUCUAGAAAUGCAUCAUGCUGCCAUGAAGAGGCUAAGGGAAGAACUCCUUUCUUUGUCGGAACAGGAGAAGCUCCAUCUUGCUCAGGAAUAUGAGACAAGAAUUAAGGAUAUGACACACAACUACGAUUCUGUGAUGCAAACCAUAGAAGACGUCAAAGAAUUGUACAUUCGCUCGUGUGAAGAGAAGCGCUCUCUGGAAGAAAGAAUAAAAUUGCUGACGACUGAAAAAGAAGACGCAGUGAGAAACACAGAGGAGAGGAUGCGUAACGAAUUCACAGACGCUCUUCAGAGAGUGCGACCAAUGUGGGAAACUGAGAUGAUGAAGACUGUUGAAGAGCAGCUACAGCAGGAUAUCAAAAAGAUGAGAGAACAAUGGGCUGCAGAGAAAGAAGCAGAGAUAACUGAACGGAUAUCUGCAGCUGAAGCAGAGAUUCAGAAAAAGCUACAUGAACAGUAUACUCAGGCAUUGCAGCAAGAAAGGGAUAAACUCUGUGUGGCAAACAAUGGUCCUGUGAAGCAGCCAGGACUAGAUCUAGAACAGGGUGGUGGAAGGAAUGAGCAAGACAGACUUCACUGUGCUGUGCUAGAGCUGGAGAUGACAUGGAAGAAGAAAAUGGAAUCAUUAGAGCAGGAGUCAAAACGGGAACAGCUGAGACUGAAUGAACAACUUGAGGAAUGCAAGAAGGAACUCAACAUAUCAAGAGCAGAGCAUGCUGAAAAAGUAACAGCAUUCAACGAGAGGGAAACAAUGCUCAAGAAUAAGCUAAUCAAAUUCCAGAAGAAACUCAAGAUAGUAGAAAAGCAGCAUAAUGAUGAGCUGAUAUCUUCGGAGAAAAUUCAUGCUGAAAAGCUUGCAUCACUUGAGAGUCAGUUGAGGCAGCUCUCUGAGCGAUGUUCAGAAAAUGCUGUCAGGCAACAUCAGGUGUGUCAAGCACAGGUAUUGGAUAGGUGGACUGGAUGGUUCCAAAGCUGCCUUAACAGUAUUUAUGGAGAUGUCUGUGCGUAUGCAGAGAAGGUGCAGAGUACAAGAGAUGCAGAAGUACAUGAAGCUCUAAAGAACUACCAUAAAUUCCUCUUGAGCAAAGUGAAUUUCAGCUGCAGCACUACAACAAACCACUUGACCAAUGGUAAGCCAUACAGGGCCCAAGCACAAGCUGGUGGUGUGUUUCAGUUUCCACUCUCGAAGACUGCUCAGGAUAAGCUACAUGCAAGCGGUAUGAAGCGGACACGGUGUGAGCGCCCAGACAGACAAAGCGAUACUCGCUGCUCGAACAAGACAAGCCUACGGCCACUGCAUCAUAGCAGCAAAAGCGCAACUGACUUGUCUUCCAUUCCAAACUCCUGUGCCAAGUUAACACACAAGCUUCAUGAACUAAACCUGUCAGACGUUUCUGAUGGAAGUGUAUUCCAUUUGCCGCCAAGUGCUGCCGUGGUGUAACUGAGAGUAUGAGGACAUGUCUUUACAUGGUCUUGUGUUUACUCAUGAAUGUGUGAGUGUGGUACUCAUGUUAAAUUUUGCUGCUGAGUCCAUGGAUGUGUCCAUCUAUAGUGGUCUUUCAGCUGGUACUUGUAACCUGUAGUUUGAGCAGUCAGAAAGUAAACUGAACUGUUUUGGCCAUCAGGAAAAUAUUGCACCAAAGUGUCCAAGACGUGGUAGUUGGUGUUAUCAUCACAUACCUAUAUCAAUGCAAAAGGGAGACAGACAAGAAAAGGCAUGAACAGCACAACGCUGCAAACUAGCAAAUUUAUUACAAAAACAUGUGCCGAAAUAUCCCCUUAUACUGUUUACGCAGCUACCUCGGCGUUGUCCUGUACAUGUCGUUUUUGCACAGAUACAGUUACAUCGGGAAAAUAUUGCAACUCCCAUUAUUGACAAUGGUAUGAAAUCUGCAUCCAUUCUAAAAGUCCCAUCAAGGCAUACCUGACUGAUCACUUUUCACACCAUUAAAGUUAACUUAUAUGAUGCAGUGAUUAAGUAAUAAGUGUGCAAAUUGAAUACAAAAUCUGUUGAGACCUGGUGUGAGUGAAAUAAAAGUGGCUGAGCUCUA